AUGGGCAACAGUAUAUCUGACUCGAGAAAAGAAUAUGAACAUCAAAAAAAAGAAUAUGAAAAUAGACAAAACGAACUAGAACGUGAACAUAUGCAGCUCAUACAAGAUUUUGAAAAUGAAAGAAUAAACAUGGAAUAUGAAAAAAGAAGAAACCAUUUAGAUGCCGAAAAUAAAAAGAAACAAAUGGAAUUUGAUUAUGAACUCAGAAAAAAGCAAAUGGAACUCGAUACUGAAACUACAAGAAAGAAAUUUGAGUUUGAAGAUGAAGCUCGUAAGCGGGAAACUGUAAAUGAAGAAAGAAGAAUGGAACUUGCAUAUGAAACUCACAAGCGAGAUAUUGAACUUAGUACUGAGGAGAUGAAAAAAAGUUUUGAAUUUCAGAAAAAGAAAACUGAAAUGGAACAUCAACACAAGAUUGCUGAAUUGAUAGUACAAAUGAAACAAACAAAAUUACAAGCUGGAAAAGAGCUUUUGCUCGCUUAUAUGAAAACAAUUCACGCGAUUAUCGAACAAAAUGCCAAUAUAUUUCAGGCAGUAGAUCCUCUUUUAAACCAACUCAAAGAUGAAAUAUUGCCAAAAUCAGUCAUGAGCACUAUUGAAAAGGCCGGUUUUAUGGGCACUAAAGAACUUCUGGAUUACUCAAAAGAACAAAUCAAUAAACUUAUGCUUAAGCAAGAUGAUGAUUUUAUUCGGUUACUUGAUUCUGCAGUUGAUCAGAAAGUCAUCACAGAAGAAAAUAAAAUGUAUCUUCUAGAGUCUGUCUGUAUAACUAUCGAUGUUAUAUAA